UCCUCUACCUAAUUCAACAAUGUACCAUUUCCUUUCCCAUUUAACAAACCGAUAGCAUUACUUGACCUUUUUCAAGCUCUAUAAAACCAUUAAACCUGAACUCCCCCUGUCUAAUUAGAAGAUACAUCAUCCAAAAUUCAAAGAAUUAAGCUCACAAAAUGGCCAUAGGCAAAAUUUUCUUCUCAGGAUCAUUCUUUUUCUUCCUCUAUCUAGUUGGCUUCAUUUCUAUUCCUGCAGAUGCAGCAGUGAAAAGAUACCAAUUUGAUAUUCAAGUGAAAAAUGUUAGCCGGUUAUGCCAUGCAAAACCUAUUGUUACCGUAAAUGGAAUGUUUCCAGGGCCAACAAUAUACGCGAGAGAAGGCGAUAGAGUUCUCAUCAAUGUCACAAACUAUGCCCAAUAUAACAUGUCAAUUCAUUGGCAUGGACUUGAACAAUUUCGCAAUGGAUGGGCAGAUGGACCGGCUUAUAUAACACAAUGCCCUAUCCAGACAGGGCACAGUUACACGUAUGAUUUUAAUGUAACAGCUCAAAGAGGAACCCUGUGGUGGCAUGCACAUAUCUUUUGGCUAAGGGCCACAGUCUAUGGUGCAAUUGUAAUCAUGCCAAAACAGGGGACCCCAUUUCCUUUUACUCAGCCAUACAGAGAAACUAACAUAAUUUUAGGUGAAUGGUGGAAUAACGAUGUGGAAGAGAUUGUUAAACAAGGGAACAAGUUGGGAUUGCCACCGAAUAUGUCUGAUGCUCAUACAAUUAAUGGAAAGCCAGGGCCAUUAUUCCCAUGUUCAGAGAAACAUACAUUUGCGAUGGAGGUAGAACAAGGAAAGACUUAUCUCUUGAGAAUCAUCAAUGCUGCACUCAACGAUGAACUUUUCUUUGCCAUUGCUGGCCAUAAUAUGACGGUGGUCGAAAUAGAUGCAGUUUAUACUAAACCUUUUACAACACAAGCAAUUCUAAUUGCACCAGGGCAGACCACCAAUGUUCUUGUUCAAGCCACCCAAGCACCUGGUAGAUAUUUCAUGGCUGCUAGGCCUUUCAUGGAUGCACCAUUGACCGUAGACAAUAAAACCGCCACGGCUAUACUUCAAUAUAAAGGUGUUCCAAACACUGUCCUUCCGAUCCUUCCUCAGCUGCCAUCACCCAAUGACACAGCUUUUGCAUUGAGCUAUAAUGCCAGACUUAGGAGCCUAAAUUCUCCACAAUACCCAGCAAAUGUGCCCCUUAAAGUUGACAGGCAUCUUGUUUACACAAUUGGAUUAGGAAUUAAUCCAUGUGCAACUUGCCUCAAUGGAACACAACUCACUGCGUCUUUGAACAACAUUACCUUUGUUAUGCCGCAGACUGGGCUUCUUCAAGCUCACUAUUUCAACAUCAAGGGAGUAUUUAGAACAGAUUUCCCUGACCGCCCUCCCAAACCUUUCAAUUAUACCGGUGCACCAUUGACUGCCAAUCUUGGUACUACAUUAGGCACCCGACUAAGCAAGAUUGCUUUCAAUUCAACAGUUGAGUUAGUACUACAGGAUACCAAUCUUCUAACAGUUGAAUCCCAUCCAUUCCACCUUCAUGGUUACAAUUUCUUUGUCGUUGGGACUGGAAUCGGCAACUUUGAUCCCGCAAAAGACCCAGCUAAAUUUAACUUGGUUGAUCCUCCCGAAAGAAAUACAGUUGGAGUACCCACCGGUGGUUGGACCGCCAUAAGGUUCAGAGCUGAUAAUCCAGGAGUGUGGUUCAUGCACUGUCAUUUGGAGCUCCAUACUGGCUGGGGUUUGAAAACAGCUUUUGUGGUGGAGAAUGGAAAAGGACCAGAUCAAUCCAUUUUGCCCCCUCCAAAGGACCUUCCUCCUUGUUAGUUGGCUCCUGUUUGACACAAAACAGCUAAAUCUCCUUAAGCUGACUGUUUUUCUUAUCAUUCUUACCUGCAAAGACCGGGAACUAAAUUGGAGGAUAAAUUUUUUUUUAAAUUUUUAUGUAUAUGAAGGAUAAU